GGUAUAUACCUACGGAGAUGGGCUGUUACAAGUCUUGUGCCAGUGAAAUUAUCGAUUGUUAUCGUGCAUCUUUAUUGCCCUAAAUAUCUACUUAAGUACUUACCUAUUAGAAUUAUUUUUUAGAAAAUUUUUUGCUGGAUUCUAUUCGAUGGAGUUGAAAGAUACCAGCUAUAAAAAUCUAUUAGAUCAUAUGCAAACAUUUUCUUCAAAAGUGAAAAAACUGAAAAAAGAACGCGACGAUUUAAAAUCAUCUUUAAAAAGAGCAAACUACAAGAUAGUAGACCUUGAAGCCACCGUAAUUAUGUACAAAGCAAAGUAUUUGGAGAUUGUAAAAGAAAACCAAAAUUUUUCACAAAUCAUCAACACGCUGCAUGAAGAAUUAACAGCAGAAGGCCCCUUAUCAAAUAAAAUCAACGAAGUCGAACAGGACGUGUCACGGUUAAGCGAAGCCAUCGAUAAUUUGACCUGCAAUUUUGAAAAAACAAAUUCCGCUACAGAUGCUAGUCCAGGUUGUGAAAAAUUGACGCAGGAUAGUAACGAUGUAGGUGUUUUGAUUCAAGAUGACAAAAAUAAGCAACCGAAUACAUUCGUCAUCGAUUCAAAUACUAUGGAGGUUAGUGGUAUUGGUUAUGAUGAAUUUUCGUCUACGCAUUUUGACGAGGAAAGUCCAAAAUCAUCAUUAUCACAACCUAUACUAACACAAUCUUCCGAAAAUGAAGACGUAAACGAUACCGAACGUUCAAAUAUUUCCUCAUCUUACUCGUCGAAAUCGUUUCCAAUAGCAAAAAAUCUGCAAAAUGAAAGUACGUCGCCGUCAAUGAGCAAAAGUACGCCAGAAAAAAGCGGUGAUAUCGAUGGUAUAAUGAAUUUAAUCGCAUCAUCGUCGCAAAGUAACGAUCAUAAGGAAUCUUAUUCAUUUUCCAAUACUGAAAGUGCAUCGUCUGCUGUAGAAAGGUCUCCGAAUUUUACAAUUCAAAGUGGUCAUUCCAUAACCAAAGCAGCCCUCACCUCUGAAGAAAUCUUCAUUGGCAGUAUACGAAAUAAAUCCAAUUCUUUUUCAUCCAGUGAUAAUGAAAGUGAUAAUGUUGUUGGUUCCAAUAAAGAAUUGAUGACUGGAACCGCAGGGAAUCCUGCUGGAGAUCAGUCACAAAUCAUUAAUACACCAAUAGCGUUUGAUAGCUUUCAAACUUUUAACAAAAAGCUUGCGGAUGUUGAAAACGGUUUAUUUGAACAGGAUUCCAAUUUCAACGGUGAUCAAGCCAGUGAACUUGCAAUACCCAGAAAAACGCAGAAGCUCGAUAGUACGGAGGUUAUCCAGUCCAGUGAAGAGUUCGAUUCUCCGAUUUUGAAAAUUCGCCGAAAUUCAUUUCCCAGCUAUUUCUGUGACCCUGGCCGAUCCGAUCACUGCUACGCAAAAUCAACAUUUCAUCAAGAAAAGUGAUCCUUUUUCAAACAAACUAUUAAACAGCUUUUUCACCGACAAACGUGAUGAUUAAUUUACUUGAUUAUCGUUGAAAUGAACAUGAAUACUGUAGCUCGUCAAAAACCCACUCAGAUUAAUAAAUAGAUAACUUUAUUUUUAUCGUCAUUGACCAUUUUCUUAUCUAAUUUUUAUUUACUAA